AGCCGGGCGGAGAAGGAAGACAAAAGAGAUAGAAAGAAAAGAAGAGUCAAAGCCCAGCGCCAAGCAGUAGCGGAAUAGAGGCAGGCGGAGAGCGAGGGCAACGAUUGCCGGACCCCAGUUGAUACUGGCAACAACGCAGCCGGGCGUCAAACUCACCCGAUAAAACUCUCGCAAAGUUUCAGCUCCAAGUUGGCCCCACUGUCGAUGCCUGUCGGCAGUGGUGGAGGAGGAGAAGAACACGGCUCAGCUUCUCGCUCCCGGACAUUUUAUUGGAAGAUAUCUAUCAAGUAACCAUGGGUUUUGCUGGCAAAAAAUCCGCAAAAGGGCCAGUUUGCUGGCGAAGACGGGUUAAGUCUGAAUAUAUGCGUCUCCGACAACUGAAACGUUUUAGACGAGCUGAUGAAGUUAAGAGCAUGUUCAGCGCAAAUCGGCAGAAAAUCAAAGAAAAGACAGAAAUAUUGAAUCAGGAUUGGAAGCAGCACAGGAUCCAACCUGUUCACAUUAUGACAGUGAGCACAAUGCGUGGUACAAGAGAGUGUGCUGUGGAGAGUGGAUUCCCUGAGUUUCCAAAGCAGAUUAUUCCCCUUAAGACUUUAAAUGCAGUGGCCUCUAUCCCAGUUAUGUAUUCCUGGUCUCCUCUUCAGCAAAAUUUCAUGGUGGAAGAUGAAACUGUUCUACAUAACAUUCCUUACAUGGGUGAUGAAAUCUUGGAUCAAGAUGGGACUUUCAUUGAAGAGCUCAUAAAAAACUACGAUGGAAAGGUACAUGGUGACAGAGAAUGUGGUUUUAUCAAUGAUGAGAUCUUUGUGGAGCUGGUAAAUGCACUGACCCAGUACAGCGAUAAUGAAGAGGAAGAUGAAGAUGAGGAGGAAGAUCAGGAGAAUAAAUCUGAAAAGACUGAUGGAAGUGAUAUCAAAGAAGAAAGCAAUGAGUCCAGAAAAGAUUAUCAGGAGAUUAAUAUGGAUGUUAAAGAAUGUGAUGAAGGGAAAAAAAAGCCUUGUGACAAGAUCUUUGAAGCAAUUUCAUCUAUGUUCCCAGAUAAAGGUACACCAGAGGAGCUGAAGGAAAAGUACAAAGAACUGACUGAGCAACAGCUUCCUGGAGCGCUUCCUCCAGAGUGCACACCAAAUAUUGAUGGACCAAAUGCUAAAUCAGUUCAACGUGAACAGAGCUUGCACUCUUUCCAUACUCUCUUCUGCAGACGUUGCUUCAAAUAUGAUUGUUUUCUGCAUCCUUUUCACGCCACUCCUAAUACAUAUAAACGAAAAACUCCUGAGACCAGAGCAGAGACAGAGCAAUGUGGACCAGAUUGUUGUUUGUUUCUGGAUGGAGCAAAAGAUUUUGCAGUGGCCUUAACAGCUGAGCGAAUAAAAACACCACCCAAACGUCCAGGUGGUCGUCGUAGAGGACGCCAUCCGAAUGGUACAAGCCGGCCCAGCACACCAACAAUAAACCCAUCUGAGGCUAAGGAUACAGAUAGUGACAGAGAGGCUGGGACAGACACUGGUGGCGAGAUAAAUGAUAAAGAUGAAGAAGACAAAAAGGAUGAUACUACAAGCUCCUCUGAGGCGAACUCCAGAUGUCAAACUCCUAUUAAGAUGAAGCUCACUUCUGAUCUUUCUGAUGUAGAGUGGAGUGGAGCUGAAGCCUCCUUAUUCAGAGUUCUGCAUGGCACUUACUACAAUAACUUCUGUGCUAUAGCCAAGUUGCUGGGAACCAAAACAUGUGGACAGGUAUACGAGUUUGCGGUAAAGGAGUCUAAUAUUAUUGCUCGUGUCCCUGCUGAGGAUGCUGAUACGCCUCCAAGAAAAAAGAAGAGAAAGCAUAGAUUGUGGGCAGCACACUGUAGAAAAAUACAACUGAAAAAAGAUGGUUCAUCCAAUCAUGUUUACAACUACCAGCCUUGUGAUCACCCACGUCAGCCCUGUGACAGCUCCUGUCCUUGUGUCAUGGCUCAAAACUUCUGUGAAAAGUUCUGUCAGUGCAGCUCUGAAUGUCAGAACAGAUUUCCCGGUUGUCGUUGCAAGGCACAAUGUAACACCAAGCAAUGUCCUUGUUACCUUGCUGUACGUGAGUGUGAUCCUGACUUGUGUCAGACCUGUGGAGCUGCUGAUCAUUGGGAUAGUAAGAAUGUGUCCUGCAAAAACUGCAGCAUCCAGAGGGGAUCCAAAAAGCAUUUACUGCUUGCUCCAUCUGAUGUGGCAGGAUGGGGCAUCUUCAUCAAAGAACCAGUACAGAAAAAUGAAUUCAUCUCUGAAUAUUGUGGAGAGAUUAUAUCUCAGGAUGAAGCUGAUCGCCGUGGCAAAGUUUAUGACAAAUAUAUGUGCAGCUUCCUCUUUAACCUGAAUAAUGACUUUGUUGUUGAUGCAACACGCAAAGGUAACAAAAUACGUUUUGCAAACCAUUCUGUCAAUCCCAACUGUUAUGCCAAAGUAAUGAUGGUUAAUGGAGACCAUCGAAUAGGCAUAUUUGCCAAAAGAGCAAUCCAAACUGGCGAGGAGUUGUUCUUCGAUUACAGGUAUAGUCAAGCUGAUGCCCUGAAAUAUGUUGGUAUAGAAAGAGAGAUGGAAAUUCCCUGAAAUUAAACUGCCUCAAAGCAUAGGCAGCUGAUUUUAUAUUUCAGGAUUAUGUACUGUAUGCAGACAUUUGAAACAACUCGAUUUGAAAACUACUGUGACAAUAAUUUAUACUGUAAAAAAAAAAUUAAGCUUUUUAUCUUUUCAAAAGCUGCCAGUUUUUAUAUGUGUCCUUUUGCUAUACACCUGUGUGGUGAGCUGUUGGUGCAAUUAUAACAUCAAUUAAAAAACUUGAAUUUUAAAGUGACUUGAAAUUUUUGAACUUCACUAUUUUCUAACAAGGUCAAAAUAAACUAAUCAAAGCCUGUAAGAUGGAAAGAGUUCUGUCCUAUGACUAAAGAGUACUAUAGUAGAUACCAGGAUUCUGGGGUGAUAUGACCCUUGCACAAAACACCUUCCAUAUAAUAUUCCAGAACCCAAUCAAAAUGUUUUUGUUUUGACGUGCCUUUUUAAUGAAAUAAUGUGGCUUCUCUCCAUGCAAAUAUACCUACCACAGGACGUUACUCAUUUUAAAUGAUGGAGCAAAUCUUAUAACAAAUCUAGUAAUGACCAUAGAAGCAACAUCAAUUUAAAAUCUGAGGUAAUUCCCAGCUAAGAGUAAGGGGACUAUACAACUCCGUGUCAUAAAUAUUCUAUAAGCUGUUGGUUCUAAAAGAAAUAUGCAAAACUCAUGCGCAGAAAAGAUGUAACCAAGUUGCAAUAUGAAUAUUGAAACUAGUUAUGCUAUUAAUAUUACAAUUAGAUUCAAACAGUUAGAAUCUAAAAGCUUAUAAUACAAGAUUUAGUCAGCACUUCUUAAUCAAAGGUAUAAAUUAGUGCCCAAGAAGUUUGUCUACACCUGGGGAAAAGAAUUUUGAAUGUAGAUCCAAUAUUUAGAUGCUGAGAGGGAUCUACAUAAACAAUUUUUUUUUGCAGUGGGAAGUGAAAACAUCCUUUGAAUUUGGCUCCAGAUAAUUACAAAGUUAAAUAAGGUGCAUUAUGCAAAUGUUUGAAGUAUAAUUAAGAAAUUAUUUUUGUUUAAAUGGCAUUCACAUCAGAGACAAAAAUUCCUGUUAAAAGUGAUGUUCCAAAAUUAUUUAUCAAUUGAGAUUUUGAUACGUCGUUAACUUUCAGUAGAUUCCUCCACAUUCUUUCUGCACUAAUAUUGAAAUGAUACAAAUAGUUAUCUAAUUUCCCAAUGCAAUUUUCAAACUGAUAUCCUUUAGCAUGUAACUGCACUAGAGGCUGCAAGGCCAUCAACAAGCCAGAUUCCAAAACUAAUUAGUCAUGCAUAUAUGAACUGUGGUACAGGAACUGUAACUAAAAUACAUUUUAAAAAUAAUUUCCACACUGAAUAUGCAAACAACUAUCAUAUUGUUAGUAGCUUUGUACACGUGGUUAUGGAUUUCUGUCAGGCACUCGUCUUAAAAGCUACUUACAGCAGUAUGUAAUAGCCACAAAACUUUUUUAGCAGUAUAUCAAGACAGCACACCUCCUUUCAAGUAGAAAAUGAAAAUGGGGAACUUGCAGGUACAUGGCAAAUUUAACACCUAUGAAUUCCAUAAAGUUUUCUGUAGGUCACUAUAAUUCAGAUGCUAUGCUGAGCAUUUAAAUCAUAGGAAUGCAUAGCUGAUAAUUACUCUCUUAACAAAUUAAAAUAUAGAAUACAGCACUCAAUCAAUGCCCAAACUGAACAUGAUUCCAAUUAAACCAAUCCCUUGUGUCUCACAGAUUCCUGCAGCUUUGCUUUGUAUAUGCAACAUCACAGAUGCCACAAAACAAUAAAGCGAUGCACGUUACGAAACAGGUGGAAAGAGGAUAAUUACUAGGAUGUGUACAAAAUAUAGACAAAGGAGAACCAAUUCAAAGCCAGAGGGUAACUUAUCCUUAGUUUAUGCUCCAAAAGUU